AUUACCGCAUAGCCUUCGGCGAGGGGUUCGGUGUCCUUGCAUGGAGACUCAUUCCGCAGCGCUACGUCCCAACGUCAAAGGCCAGCACCGUUCGCCAGGGACCCAGUCACAAUACUUUCACGACAACGUUCAUAACUUGCGCUUGGUCAUUUUGAGUCUUUGGUGUGUUAAAAUGAAGUCCACGAUGAUCUCGCGCUUCGGACUCGCGCUUCUGCUGGCGUCUGCGCUCCUGAUCAACCCUAUCGUCCGUGCCGAGGAUGAGGGUGUCGAUGAUGACGAGUACGCUGACACCGCGCGCGCUAUGCUAAUUGUACGCAAGUUCACGAAGGAGGACAUCGUCGUCCAGGGCAAGAACGUGACUGUGGAGGUGGACAUUUUCAACUCUGGCAUCAGCACCGCAUCGUCCGUCAAGUACACCGACGUCCUGCCCGAGAACGCUACCCUGGUUGAGGGCUCCCUGGAGGUUGAUUUCGGCAAGAUUACCGUCGGCAGCCACGUCAAGCACAGCUACGUCGUCAUCUUUACCACCGGCAAUGUCCAGGUCCAGCUGCCCCCCGCUCUGGUCUCUUACCUGGCUGAGACUGACUCCACUGAGCCUACUCUGGGUGCCUCGUCCUCCCAGGUCCUGUACGUGCUGACCCCCGUUCAGCAGCUGCAGCGCUACGCCCUGCAGGCGGGCACGUACGCCAGCCUGGGCUUUGCUCGCACCCCCACUGACUGGCGCAACCUGGCUAUCGUGAUCGGCACGAUCGGCACUGCCCUGGGCGCCAACUGGAUGGUGAAGAAGGUGAAGGCCUCGAACAAGGACCGGCAACGCGAGCGCGCCUACAAGGAGCUCACCAAGGACGACUAAAUGUCGGGCUCCUUGUGCAGCGCAGCUCUAGUGCUGCAGCAGCCGUGUGGCGUGCAUGGCCACUAGCAGCGGCGCCGGCGGCUGGCUAUUGGCUGCGCGGUGGAGCAUUAGCGGCCGUGAACGGAGCACAGCAGCACAUGUCCUGCGAUUGUCAGGGCUAUGAGGCUGCAUUGUGUUCGGCUUAAUAGCAUGGGCAGGACACCACCGCGUAGUAUCAGCCGGCCAACGGUAUCUGCCCGUGCCUGGAGGUAGCACUGAGCAAACCGUUGCUGCGUGCGAUGCCUGGUGUGGUGCAUUCACCCACUCAGGCGGGGAUCUAGAUAGGGUGCGCUUGCCGCAAGGGGCGCCCAGCGCCCCAAAGCUGAAUAGGAUCGAUGGCGCAGCAUUGUCGCCAUUAGGAUUAGGAGCCCUGGCCUGCAAUGAAUCGGCCGGUGGCAAAUGACCUCAACCUGUAGGCCUCAUGACCUGACCCCAAUCGGAACUCGGACUAGUGUGACAAUACUGACUGCGACGACCUUCUGACGGCUGGUUGGACACACUGACUGUGCUUGUGAUGCGCCACGAGUGUUGGCCUUGGCUAUGUAAAUGUGAGCGAUU